AUGAAGCGAAAUCGACCUAGCGGAUUCCAACAAAGAAGAAUGAAGAAGGCAAGAGAAAAGGUGGCUCAGGCAAUGUCUGGAGCAAUUUUGAAGUAUGUGACGCCUUCAACAUCAAGUGCAAUAGAAGAAAGUCCUUCAGAUAUUCACCCUGGUGAAUCUGAAGGGGAAAUACAAGAAGAACCUUCACAAGAGGAUACAAAUGAGAGAGCGCAAGAAUUGGAGGAUGGCAAUCCAUCUACUGAAAGCACUGAAAAUUAUAACGAGGAACGAGGUUUCUGCAGAAGACAACACCAACAGGAGGAAAACUUUGAUGAAGAAGAGGAGAUGGAUAGACUUUCAGUUUAUUUGGAUGUUGCUGAUUGGCCAAUCCCGGUUCCAGAUGACUUGAGGGUUGGUCUAAUUAAGAGGGGAAGUGAACCUUUCCAAAACACUAAAGGUCCUUUCAGUGUAGUUCAAAGAAAAGGAGAGAAAUCCAAAGGGAAAAGUCGACAGCUGACUACAGCAUGGUUCUAUAAGACUUUGCCAAAUGGCGAUAAAGUUUUAAGAACAUGGAUGGUUAACUCGCCAUCCAAAGAAAGUUUGUUUUGUUUUUGCUGCAGGCUGUUUGCUCUAGAUGACAAGACAACUACUGGAACAUCCGGCUUUGUAACCGGGUUUCAAGCAUGGUUGAAGUUAAAUCCAAAGGUGUCUGAGCAUGAGGCUUCAGAGAAUCAUCUCGCAUGCCUGGAGAAAUGGAAGACCCUGGGAGCAGGAUUGAAGCUUCAAAGAACAAUUGAUCAAGUCCAUCAGGCAGCAGUGGAGAAAGAGAGAGAAAAAUGGAGAGAUGUUUUAUACCGCCUCUUAGACGUAACCUUGUUUCUUGCUCAACAGAAUCUUCCUUUUCGUGGUCACAAAGAGGACAUAACAUCAGCAAACAAAGGAAAUUUCAUGGAAUUAGUGGAGCUGCUUUCAAAUUAUGAUCCAGUUUUAAAAGAACAUUUUGUUAGAAUUAAGCAGUCUGUUAUAUCUGGGACAAGAGUGAAUUCCUAUUUAUCUUCAAAGAUUCAAAAUAAAUUCAUUUGCCUUUUGGGGAACCAUGUCAAAGAAAAAAUAGUGGCUGAUAUCAGGAAAGCAAAGUAUUUUGGGAUUCUUUUUGACAGCACUCCUGACAUGUCCCAUAUUGAUCAGAUGUGUGAAGUAAUCCGAUAUGUCCAUAUUGAAGGCAACAAAGUUGAAGUAAGAGAAUCAUUCUUAAGAUUCUUGCCUAUUGCUGGAAAGACUGCUGCUGCACUCACAGGGAAUAUCCUGCAACAUCUGGAGAGCGAUGGAUUGGACAUAAACCUGUGCCGUGGGCAAGGGUAUGAUAAUGCUGCAACAAUGGCUGGAAUUCAUGGUGGUGUUCAGUCAAAUAUCAGAGAGAUUAAUCCAAAGGCUUUGUUUGUGCCUUGUGCAAAUCAUUCUCUGAACCUUUGUGGAGUGCAGUAG